UCCGUUUCAAAGGUACGCCGUGUGUUAACGUAAAUCGCGCUGCCAGGGACAAACAUGAACCCGUCCAGACGGCCAAUAUCCCGCGCAGCGUAACAUCUUCACUCCGUACCCUCUCUCUCUCUGAAUUGGCACUCACAAUCCGCCCACCUUUUCGCUGUACUCCUGUUUUUCUUCCCCCCGGAGAUAGCACGUCUGGAACGCCAUGGAGCUUACUUCUAUUUUCUAGCGCAGUAACAUCUGGAACCAGUCAGGGAGUCUACGGGGAAGGGGGGGCCCGGCCGUCACCCCCCUCUCUCUCUCCCCCCUCUCGCGCUCGCUCCUCGCGUUUCCAGACACAGGCACUGCAGAGAGAAGCGCACGGACUCGCUCAGCCGCUCGGCUCCCUCUCCGCGCUUAGAGACUGGAACGGACUCAAUUCAUAUCUCCUGGAGAAGCACGAUGCUCUUGCAAAUGUUUUUGGACAACAACGAAGGAAUCGGUAAAAAUCUGAAGAUGUAUUUCGUGUGAGAUCUGAUCUGGAAUAUACAAAUAUUUAGGAUUUUUGGGGGGCCGUUAAGAUCUUGAACCUUUUUUUCCUUCCCAGUGCCAGCGCCCGGUUUUCUUGUUGGUUGAGCUGUUGCGUUUCUGAGAUUUCUGGGCAAUUUGAUCCCGUUUUUGAUGAUUACUAACAGCAAGUGGUGCUGGUCUCGUGUUUCGGAGGCAGGGCCCGGAUGUUCCGAGGAUGCACUGGUUCGUUUUCUUAGGUGGUUCCAGCGAAUAUCUCUUUCUGUUGUUUAACUCCAUAAUGGGGAUCAGGUAAUAUUAACUCCGGCGCAAAAGAAGGAAUAUCUCAAGCUUUCCGUUGCUUGUUUUAUUUUAUUUUUUUCUUUGAUUUCUUUUCCUCCUUUGGUUGUUCCCCACUACCCCUCCUCUUUCCCAUCCUCUACCUUCACCUACGGAUAACGCUGGACCACAUCUAUGGUAAAUGAAAGCAAAAACAUGUACUUACCGGAGGACACCCUUGAAAACCAUCAAGGCUCCAACUACUCGAGCGCGGCGUUGCCGGCGGUGACAGCGGCGGUGAGCGAGCGCGAGCAUGGCGGGGUCAGCGGGGUCAGCGGCGUCGGGGUGGCGGUGGGCAGCGCGGUGGUGGGUCUGGCCUCGGAGCACGUGCCCACGCCGGGAGCGGCUCUCAGCUGGCAGGCGGCCAUCGACGCGGCGCGGCAGGCCAAGCUCAUGGGCUCGUCCGGGCCGCCCAUCUCCACCACCGCCAGCUCCACCCAGCGGCGGCGCCAGCACUACGCCAAGCCCAAGAAGCCCACCAGCACGGCCGCCACGCGCCCCCCACGUGCCCUGCUCUGCCUCGCCCUCAAGAACCCCAUACGCAGGGCCUGCAUCAGCAUCGUGGAGUGGAAACCCUUUGAGAUCAUCAUCUUGAUGACUAUCUUUGCAAACUGCGUGGCCUUAGCGGUGUACAUCCCCUUCCCCGAGGACGACUCCAACGCCACCAACUCCAACCUGGAACGGGUGGAAUACCUCUUCCUCAUCAUCUUCACUGUGGAGGCGUUCCUAAAGGUCAUUGCCUAUGGGCUUCUCUGCCACCCAAACGCGUACCUACGCAACGGAUGGAACUUACUGGAUUUCAUCAUUGUGGUCGUAGGGUUGUUUAGUGCAAUCUUAGAGCAGGCCACCAAAGGAGAUGGGGCAACUCCUAUUGGUGGGAAAGCAGCUGGCUUCGAUGUCAAAGCUCUCCGCGCCUUCAGAGUGCUGCGUCCAUUACGGCUGGUGUCAGGAGUGCCCAGUCUCCAGGUGGUGUUGAACUCCAUCAUCAAAGCCAUGGUGCCUCUGCUGCACAUCGCUCUGCUCGUCCUCUUCGUCAUCAUCAUCUACGCCAUCAUCGGCCUCGAGCUCUUCAUGGGCAAGAUGCACCGCACCUGCUUCUACUUCCGGGAUGGACACAAGGGGCCUAUAGCGGAGGAGAAGCCGGCUCCGUGCGCCCCCAGCGACGCCACCCAUGGCAGACACUGCUCGCCGCCCAACAUCACCAAGUGCGAUGGCGGGUGGGAGGGGCCUAACGAGGGCAUCACCAACUUCGACAACUUCGCUUUCGCCAUGCUGACUGUGUUCCAGUGCAUCACCAUGGAGGGGUGGACCGAUGUGCUCUACUGGAUGCAGGAUGCGAUGGGCUAUGAGCUUCCCUGGGUCUACUUUGUCAGUCUGGUCAUCUUUGGAUCCUUCUUUGUUCUCAAUCUGGUUCUGGGAGUCUUGAGCGGAGAGUUCUCUAAGGAGAGAGAGAAGGCGAAAGCUCGUGGAGACUUCCAGAAGCUUCGGGAGAAGCAACAACUGGAAGAGGACCUGAAGGGCUACCUGGACUGGAUCACGCAGGCCGAGGACAUCGACCCCGAGAACGAGGAAGAGGGCUUGGAUGAGGAAAAACCCCGCAACCUGAGCAUGCCAGCAGGUGAGAGUGAGUCGGUGAACACAGAGAGCGCCCCCGCAGGUGACAUGGAGGGAGAGACCUGCUGCACACGACUGGCAAAUAGGAUCUCCAAAUCCAAGUUCAGUCGAUACUCGCGGCGCUGGAACAGGCUGUGUAGGAGGAAGUGUCGUGCAGCGGUCAAGUCCAACGUCUUCUACUGGCUGGUCAUUUUCCUGGUCUUUCUUAACACACUCACCAUCGCCUCUGAACACCACAAACAGCCUGACUGGCUUACAGAGGUGCAAGACAUAGCGAAUAAGGUGCUGCUGGCGCUGUUCACGGUGGAGAUGCUGACUAAGAUGUACAGCCUGGGGCUGCAGGCCUACUUUGUGUCGCUGUUCAACCGCUUCGACAGCUUUGUGGUGUGUGGCGGCAUCCUGGAGACCAUCCUCGUGGAGACCAAGAUCAUGUCCCCGCUCGGCAUCUCCGUGCUGCGCUGCGUUCGCCUGCUCCGCAUCUUCAAAAUCACCAGGUACUGGAACUCUCUGAGCAACCUGGUGGCGUCGCUGCUGAACUCGGUGCGUUCCAUCGCCUCGCUGUUGCUGCUCCUCUUCCUCUUCAUCAUCAUCUUCUCGCUCCUCGGCAUGCAGCUCUUCGGCGGCAAGUUCAACUUUGACGUGACGCGGCGCAGCACCUUCGACAACUUCCCCCAAUCCCUGCUCACCGUCUUCCAGAUUCUGACAGGAGAGGACUGGAACUCGGUGAUGUAUGACGGGAUCAUGGCGUACGGAGGGCCGUCUUUCCCAGGAAUGCUUGUGUGCAUCUACUUCAUAAUCCUGUUCAUCUGCGGAAACUAUAUCCUGCUGAAUGUCUUCUUGGCCAUUGCUGUGGACAACCUGGCCGAUGCUGAGAGCCUGACAUCAGCCCAGAAGGAGGAGGAGGAGGAGAAGGAGAGGAAGAAGCUGGCCAGGACGGCAAGCCCAGAGAAGAGACAGGACAAUGAGAAACCCCCUCUGGAGGAGGAGAGGAAGGAGGAGAAGAUCGAACUCAAGUCCAUCACCUCAGACGGGGGUACACCUACUGCUACUAAGAUUCAUAUCGAUGAGUACCAGGGCGAUGAGAACGAGGAGAAGAACCCGUACCCUGCCAAUGAUCUCACAGGUACCGAUGUACCAGUGCUGAAACGGGAGGACGAUGAUGAGCCAGAGAUGCCGGUUGGCCCGAGACCUCGUCCACUCUCCGACGUCCAGCUCAAGGAGAAGGCCGUGCCCAUACCUGAAGCCAAAGCCUUCUUCAUCUUCAGCCACACCAACAAAUUCAGGGUUCUGUGCCAUAAGAUUGUGAACCACAACAUCUUCACCAACCUCAUCCUCUUCUUCAUCCUGCUCAGCAGCAUCUCUUUGGCUGCUGAGGACCCCGUCAUGACUGACUCCUUCAGGAACCAGAUAUUAGGCUAUGCAGAUUAUGUCUUCACAGGCCUCUUCACUAUUGAGAUCAUUUUAAAGAUGACUGCAUAUGGAGCCUUCAUUCAUAAGGGCUCGUUCUGUCGUAACUAUUUUAACAUCCUGGACUUGGUGGUGGUCAGUGUGUCCCUCAUCUCUUCUGGGAUUCAGUCAAGUGCCAUCAAUGUGGUGAAGAUUUUGAGAGUGCUGAGAGUGCUGAGGCCCCUGAGGGCCAUCAACAGAGCCAAGGGUCUCAAACACGUGGUCCAGUGUGUGUUUGUAGCGAUCCGCACCAUCGGGAACAUUGUGAUUGUUACCUCUCUGCUGCAGUUCAUGUUCGCCUGCAUAGGAGUACAGCUCUUCAAGGGCAAGUUCUACACCUGCACAGACUCCUCUAAGCAAACGCAGGCAGAUUGCAGGGGCUCCUAUAUCCUGUAUCGGGACGGUAACGUGGGGAAGCCGGAGAGGGCACGGCGUGUGUGGGAGAACAGUGAGUUCAACUUUGACAACGUGCUGCAGGGCAUGAUGGCUCUCUUCGCUGUCUCCACCUUUGAAGGAUGGCCAGAGCUCCUGUACCGGGCCAUUGACUCACACACGGAGGACGUGGGUCCGAUCCACAACUACCGUGUGGUCAUCUCCAUUUUCUUCAUCAUCUACAUCAUCAUCAUCGCCUUUUUCAUGAUGAACAUCUUCGUGGGUUUCGUCAUCGUCACCUUCCAGGAGCAGGGCGAGCAGGAGUACAAGAACUGUGAGCUGGACAAGAAUCAGCGCCAGUGUGUGGAAUACGCUCUGAAGGCUCGUCCGCUGCGCCGAUACAUCCCCAAAAACCCCUACCAGUACAAGGUCUGGUAUGUGGUCAACUCCACCUACUUUGAAUACCUGAUGUUCACCCUCAUCCUCCUCAACACCAUCUGCCUGGCCAUGCAGCAUCAUGGCCAGUCGACAUCUUUCAACCACGCCAUGAACAUUCUAAACAUGGUCUUCACUGGGCUCUUCACUGUAGAGAUGAUCCUCAAACUCAUCGCCUUCAAACCUCGGCAUUAUUUUGUUGAUGCAUGGAACACGUUUGACGCCCUCAUAGUUGUGGGUAGCGUUGUUGACAUAGCUAUCACUGAGGCUAACGGACUCCAAAACUCUGAAGAUAACGCCAGGAUCUCCAUCACCUUCUUCCGGCUCUUCCGUGUCAUGAGGCUGGUAAAGCUGCUGAGUCGAGGAGAGGGGAUUCGGACCCUGCUGUGGACCUUCAUCAAGUCCUUCCAAGCCCUUCCCUAUGUAGCUCUGCUUAUAGUGAUGCUGUUCUUCAUCUAUGCCGUCAUUGGGAUGCAGAUGUUUGGUAAGAUAGCACUGAGGGACCACACCCAGAUCAACCGCAACAACAACUUCCAGACCUUCCCGCAGGCCGUACUCCUGCUCUUCAGGUGUGCAACAGGGGAGGCGUGGCAGGAGAUCAUGCUGGCGUGCACCCCCGACAAGCCGUGUGAGAGGGGCUCGGAGGGCAGCCUCAACGGCACCGACGGCCUCGACGGCUCGGGCCCCAACGGCACCGACUGCGGCAGCCAGUUCGCCAUCAUCUACUUCGUCAGCUUCUACAUGCUCUGUGCCUUCCUGAUCAUCAACCUGUUUGUAGCUGUCAUCAUGGACAACUUUGAUUAUCUGACCCGUGAUUGGUCAAUCCUCGGGCCGCAUCACCUGGACGAGUUCAAGAGGAUCUGGGCGGAGUAUGACCCCGAGGCCAAGGGUCGGAUAAAGCACCUGGACGUGGUGACCCUCUUGCGGCGGAUCCAGCCCCCUCUGGGGUUUGGGAAGCUUUGCCCUCACAGAGUGGCUUGCAAGCGCUUGGUGUCCAUGAACAUGCCCCUCAACAGCGACGGCACCGUCAUGUUCAACGCCACCCUCUUCGCCCUGGUGCGCACCGCGCUACGCAUCAAGACAGACGGUAACCUGGAGCAGGCUAACGAGGAGCUGCGUGCCAUCGUAAAGAAGAUCUGGAAGAGGACCAGCAUGAAGCUGCUGGAUCAGGUUGUGCCUCCAGCCGGAGAUGAUGAAGUGACGGUGGGGAAGUUCUACGCCACCUUCCUGAUCCAGGAAUACUUCCGCAAGUUCAAGAAGAGGAAGGAGCAGGGCCUGGUGGCCAAGGUGCCCCCCAAAACAGCACUCUCUCUGCAGGCGGGCCUGCGGACGCUGCAUGACAUGGGUCCAGAGAUUCGGCGGGCGAUCUCGGGUGACCUGACGGUGGAAGAGGAGCUGGAGAAGGCCAUGAAGGAGAGUGUGUGUGCUGCGUCCGAGGACGACAUCUUCAGGCGAUCAGGCGGUCUCUUUGGCAACCAUGUGAACUACUACCACCAGGCGGACGGACGCAACACCUUCCCACAAUCCUUUGCCACGCAGCGGCCUCUCCACAUCAGCAAGUCGGGCAGCCCCGGCGAAGCGGAAUCCCCAUCGCACGAGAAGCUGGUGGACUCCACCACCUUCAGGCCCAGCAGCUUCUCCUCGUCCGGCUCCAACGCCAACAUCAACAACGCCAACAACACGGGCAUCGGGCACGCCGGACGCAGCCAGAGCCAGACCUCCAUCAGCACCGUGGACGGCCUCAGCGGGCCGCCCCUCACCCCCAUCCUGCUGCCGCGCUCCGCAUGGUGCUUCCCCCCCAAGAGCUCGGACUCCAGUGACAGCCGCUUGCCAAUCAUCCGUCGGGAGGAGGAGUCCACGGAUGAGACGUAUGACGAGAGAGAUUACUCAGAGCAGGGGAUCCUCUCCUCCGACAUGCUGCAGUUUCAGGAUGAGGAGAGUAAGCAGUUGUCUCCCAUGGAGGAAGGGGAUGAUGGGGAGGAGAGGAGACCCUGGCAAUCUCCUCGGCGAGCCUUCCUGUGUCCCACCACCCUGGGUCGAAGGUCGUCCUUCCACCUGGAGUGCCUGAGGAGACAGACAAGAGGAGACAUCUCUCAGAAGACUGCAUUACCCCUGCACCUGGUCCACCAUCAGGCGUUGGCAGUGGCAGGUCUGAGCCCCCUGCUGCGGCGGAGUCACUCGCCAACGCUCUUCACCCGCCUCUGCUCCACCCCUCCGGCGAGCCCCGGGGGUCCUGGCGUGGGCGAACAGUGCCCCCUGGUGCCCGCUCUGCGGCUGGAGGGCAGCAGCAGCUCCUACGAGAAGCUCAACAGCAGCCUGCCCUCGGUCAACUGCGGGCCGUGGUACAGCGACUCCAACGGCAACGGGGGCCCCCCCCGCGCGCGGCCCCCCAGGCCCGUCUCCCUCACAGUGCCCCCCCUGCUGGGGAGGGAUGACCGCUCACUCUCACAUGGCAGCGCUGGGAGUCUGGUGGAGGCAGUGCUGAUCUCAGAGGGACUCGGGCGGUUUGCUCAGGACCCGUCGUUCAUCGAGGUGACCAAGCACGAGCUGGCGGACGCCUGCGACAUGACCAUCGAGGAGAUGGAGAGUGCGGCGGACAACAUCCUCAACGGCAACGCACAGCCCAGCGCCAACGGCAACCUGCUGUCCUUCAUCCACUGCAGGGACGCGGCUGAGCCGGCCAGCCCAGCCGAGAGCCCUGACGCUGGGGAGCAGCAGGAGCUGCUGGGGGGCAGCAGCCUGGAGGACCAGGAGGACCAGGAGGACGAGCUGGGGCCGGGGCUGGGGCUGGCCGAGGGGGGGCAGCAGAACAGCGCCGCCCUGCUGGACGACGAGGACAUGGAGUGUGUGACCAGCUUGUAGGGACGGAGCGCACGCACGCAAGCGAGCGAGCGUGUGUGUGUGUGUGUGUGUGUGGGGGGGAGAGACACUGGCCUAUGAUGUGGGAGACGGAGUGUGUUUCUGGGUCCGCUGGGGUCAGCCACCCCCUCGACCCCCCCCCCCUCACCCCACUCCACCUCGCAAUCUUCCUUUUUCUGAUAGGCUGGACCCAACUCUGGCGGCCAAUAGGAUGAACUCUUAGUUGAAACAAAGACAAAUGAUACAUAUUUAUUUUAGGAUUACUAUGCCAACAGGAAGGUAUUGAAAAUGUGGAGUUUCGUUUUUCUCUUGCAAGUAUGUCUGUGUGAGGAUAUGUCUAUGCGCGUGUGUGUGUUUGUGUGGAGGGUGUGUGUGUGUGUGUGUGUGUGUGUGUGUCUCUGAAGUGCCUCACUGUUCUUAUUCCCUGCAGAUGAUUGAUGUUGGGAUUAGGGAAGCAAAAAAGAAACAGUCCCUGCCCACUCCCACAGGGGAAGAGUGGAAAGAAGUGAGUUUGUGUGUGUGUGUGUGUGUGUGUGUGUGUGUGUGUGUGUGAGUGUGUGUGUGAAUUAGCUGUAGUGGCCGCUUGGAGCUCCGUAUGUGCUGGUCAGUCCACAUGUAUGAAGAUUGCCGGGGUAAGCAGGAGGCUUUGCUCAGUGUGUUCCACCAGGGGGCGCCAGCGCUACACCGCUCUGCACCACCAGGGGGCGCCAGCGCUACACCGCUCUGCUCCACCAGGGGGCGCCAGCGCUACACCGCUCUGCUCCACCAGGGGGCUCUGCACCACCAGGGGGCGCCAGCGCUACACCGCUCUGCACCACCAGGGGGCGCCAGCGCUACACCGCUCUGCUCCACCAGGGGGCGCCAGCGCUACACCGCUCUGCACCACCAGGGGGCUCUGCUCCACCAGGGGGCGCCAGCGCUACACCGCUCUGCUCCACCAGGGGGCCAGACCACUGCACUCCUCCACUCAGGAGGAACUCAGGGGGUGCAUCCAGUCGGACCGAAUCGGACUGGACCUUGGACCUCGGUUCUGACCCUGAGACGGACUCAGACAGCCGUGGCGCAUUGACUCCUCCAGGACGCUGCAACCCCCCCCCCCCUCUUCUCGCUGGCCCCACCCGUCUCCACCCUGACCCACUCUUCCGCCUCUCUGCUGAUGUCAUUUCCUGCCUUUAUCCUGCUGCCCUUGGAUCACUCAGCUCCCACAGGAAGACAUCUAGGGUCUCCUCGGGCCUCCCUCUUCCUCCUCCUCCUCUUCCUCUGCGUUUGCACAGCGCUGGGUGCUGCAGCUCAGUCUGGACUUCGCCUCUGGUUUGCUUUCCUGUUUAUGUUUUCAUUUGGUUAGUUUAGCUUUUAGUUUAGUUCCUGUUUAUGUUUUUGUUUGUCGUUGCUUUGACCAGUUCGGGAGGAGGACGAGCUAAAGUGUCCCCUGCUGUGGUCAUCACAUGUAGAGACUGUAUUUCACAUUGAGACUCCUGUGUCAGAUUGUACUUAUUUAUUUAUUUAUUUCUUCCUGACACAAAAUGUGUGUGUGUGUGUGUGUGUGUGUGUGUGGCAUGGGUGAAUCCCACGCACCAGCCAGUUACCUGAGGUAGCAGAGAAGUGGCGUCACACACAACCCAGGUGUGUGAUGUGACGUGACUCGUGUCGCUGACAGGCUUCCUUCCUUCGGCUUCUCACCUGAUUGCUGAUUGCUGCUCUCAUCCUCUUGAUUGUUGUUCAGAAUAGUGAACUACUGAGAUUCCAUGUGUGUGUGUGUGUGUGUGUGUGUGUGUGUGUGUGUUGAUGUUCUGAUGUGCGCUGUGACUCUCCAGCCAUUCCCAUGUAGUCGUCAUGGUAACACUAAUGCAGCCUCAUGUUGAGGUGUUGCUAAGGUAGCACCACGCCCAUCCUGCUAUGGCUCCGCCCUCCGGAAGUCCACCAGGACGCGGCUACACCACAUGAAACAAUGCAUUCUGGGAAAGACUUUAGGGGCAACCAUUUAUUUAGAGAACGUUAUUCAGGGACAUGAGAGGGGGCAGGCUAGUGCCACUGUGGGUUUAGCUUGGGGCAGUUAGGAGACACUUUCUAAUGUAGUUCACAGGGCUAAUGACCACAUUAUUACAGAAUAAAUUAUUAAUAUUGUUAUUAUUAUUAUAAUCACUCUGUUCAUAAUUCUAAUUAUAGUUUUACAUGGGGUGCCAGGUUCCUUUGCCUAUCCCUGCAUGCAUGUAUAUGCCACACAGCCACACACGACCACACACUACCAUAGCCUCAGAAAGAUUUCCUGAUCUAUUAUGCAAAUAUGGUGUUCCAGUGUCUAACUAGCAGUGUCGUUGUUGUGUGAUAACAGCACCACGUGGUUAAGACUGAGAUUUACCCGCCUGUUGGCAGUGCACCAGACGCACGUUAUCUUUGAAAACGUUUCCCUGGUCACCAGGAAGUCAUGUGUUUCUGUUUUGAAAACGUUUCCCUGGUCACCAGGAAGUCAUGUGUUUCUGUUUUGAAAACGUUUCACUGGUCACCAGGAAGUCAUGUGUUUCUGUUUUUUUUUCUGUGGUGACCACUGCAGUGUAAGCCUUCCCCUGAGCAGGAUCUAGAAACAUAUACCUGACAGAGAUCCUGACAGACACACACACCUGAUCUGGAGUCAUACACCUGAGAGAGAUCUUAACACACACACCUGAUCUGGAGUCAUACACCUGAGAGAGAUCUAAGCACACACACCUGAUCUGGAGUCUUACACCUGAGAGAGAUCUUAACACACACGCCUGAUCUGGAGUCAUACACCUGAGAGAGAUCUUAACACACACACCUGAGCUGGAUCUAGAGACAGACCUGAGAGAGAUCUAAGCACACACACCUGAUCUGGAGUCAUACACCUGAGAGAGAUCUAAACACACACCCCUGAUUUGGACACACACCCCUGAUCUAAACACACCCCCCUUAUCUAAACACACACCGCUGAUUUGGAGACACACGCACCACUGAUUUGGAGAGCCAGGCAGCACCUGCCGGGAGGGAAGGUUUCCACUGCGGUGCGAGUGCGCCCCCUGGAGGCUGCAGUGACGGCAUGUAGCUUCUGUUCCCUGCGUGUGCUGAUCCCCUUUGGUUGGUCCACUCCACUGUUAUGCUGUGUUUUUUUGCCAAGCUGAACAUACCUGGCACGAGUGUGUGUGGGUGUGUGGGUGGAUGAGAGUAUGUGUGGGUGUUUGUUUGCAUGGGCAUGUGUGUGAGGAAAGUGCGUUAAUCGGUGUGUGUGUGUGUGUGUGUGUGUGUGUGUGUGUAUGUGUGUGUGUGUGUGUUUGGUUCAGCACGUGCAGGGUUUCCUUUGUGAGUGAGUGGGUGUAUACCUGCAUACCACAAGAUAUGCAAAAACAAUGCAAUAACAACUAUGACUGUAAACAGAAUCAUGAAGAAUUAUAGCUGUUAAAAGUAUUGUUCAAAGAGAAAAAGUAUCAGAGAUAAUAUAUUCAGAAGUAUUAGUAUCGUAAUUGUUAUACUUGAAUUCAGGUGCAUUCAGUAUUUAAAGUAUAUAUCAUUGUGCCAGGCCAUUUAGACGCCAUAUAUUUGCUCUUGUUAAAGACCACUAGUUAUUUCUAUUCCGUUGGGGUUAAUAGUUGUACAUUCUUGCAUGGGAUUCAUUUGAUCACGUCAGUUUUGAUGUUCUGUUGAUUUCUCUCUCUCUCUGCUUUUCUUUACUUCAUUUCUCCAGGCGAGGGAGGAAUGUGUACUGAGAUUGAGGAUAGUCGUUUUAUUUUUUUAAUACCAGUUGUAAAUAGUAAUUGAGAUAUGUAAGUAUUACAGCUGUUUGGCAGGUUGCUGGUGGUGUUGAAAUGAUUUUGCAUAUCUUGUGCACAUUUAGCUCCGAGAUGGCAGCACGCUUCUUUGAAACGUUUUAAAAAACGUUCUGACCAAUCAGAUAUUUUCUUUUCACAUUUUGACCAAUCAGAUAUUUUCUUUUCACAUUUUGACCAAUCAGAUAUUUUCUUUUCUCAUUUUGACCAAUCAGAUAUUUGUAUUUCCCCUUCCGCUCCCUUUACACUCAGAGGGUUAUACUGAGCAUAUGAAGUUCUCAUUUAUUUUUUGAGAAAAAAAUAGAUUAACAGUUCUAUCAGAUUCACACCACACACACACACACACACACACACACACACACACACACUCAAUCACCUUUCAUUGUUUUAUAACGUGUUGAUUCUUACUGUGUAGGUAUUUGUUGAGAGGGAGCAGGUUGCCAUUGAGCCACAUGUCCCCUGCUGUGUGAUUAGCCAGCAUCUGACCAGAUGAUCCGUCCCCUAUAGCGUUUUAUGCAGGCAUCUGCCUGGGCCUACUAUGAUCCGUCCCCUAUAGCGUUUUAUGCAGGCAUCUGCCUGGGCCUACUAUGAUCCGUCCCCUAUAGCGUUUUAUGCAGGCAUCUGCCUGGGCCUACUAUGAUCCGUCCCCUAUAGCGUUUUAUGCAGGCAUCUGCCUGGGCCUACUAUGAUCCGUCCCCUAUAGCGUUUUACGCAGGCAUCCGCCUAGGCCUACUAAAGCCCUGCCACCACCACAGUGACAAUCUGGGAAGGCAUCUGUUGGUUUGAGAUUCAGCACGGGAAGAGUGUAUUCUGUACAGGGACGCAUGGGGUUUCCUGUCUUGGGGAGGUUCUUGUGAGCGGUCCAGUCAGAGACCCAAAGGAUCACCUGCACGUCCCCAUGGAGACAGUCAACUAACUAGUGACUGCAUAUUUUUAUACCAUACACAUACACACACACACACACACACACACAUAUAUAUAUAUAUAUAUAUAUAUAUAUAUAUAUAUAUAUAUAUAUAUAUAUCUAUAUAUAUAUAUAUAUCCCUAUAUAAGUCUAGAGUGUAUACUGAAUGUCAGGGUAAGGUUGGUGUCUCUUUAGAAUGUGUAUAGUAUUUUGUACAGAUAGAAGUUGAAAUGUUAUCUGUCAUUCCAUAGGGCUCGUGAAGGAUGGGUAGCCGGCUGCUGCUGGUCAGGCGAUUGGACAAAGAGGGACGAGGUGCAGGAGCUAUGAGGCGGAGAUGAAAAGCUUUUAUUUGUCCUGACCCAAAAAGGCUUUUUUUUUUAAAUGUUGAGAAAUGUCAGAACAGUGUUCCUGAGUGAAGGAGGCAUGUGGGUGGGCUCAGUGUAGGAUGGGGAGGGAGUUGCUACCAGUGAUGCUCAGGCAGGCUCCAUGUUUAAUACUUUGAUACCUUUUGCUGUUCUGUUGUACUGCACUUCCACACAUCAGAAUCUGCACCAAAAACAGACGAGAGGGGUGGGGUGGGGGGGAGGUGGGGUGCUGACGGUAGCCCUUUCUGGGUCCAUUUUGUCUUUAAUAUGGAGAGGAACAGGAUGCCUAGUUGACCAAUGGAUGUUAGCCUUGUACAAGGUCUCAGUCAGUCCAGGAGGAUUGUGAUCCAUUUGGUCUUUACUUAUGAUCCAGGGUUGAGGAUUGUUGAGAAAUAGCCUACAUAUUUUAUGGAAAGUAUUUUAAAAGUAGAUUUUAUUUUUGUCCAGGUGGGCAUCACCUCCCUGUCUUGAAAACAAAGCUUUCUAGUGUUUCACUCACCAGUAUAACAAGAUGGCAAAGAUGGAGUUGUAUGAAUAAAUUACAUAUAUUUUAUAAUCAUAUUAUUAUAUAUGCAAAUAUAUAAAUAUAUAUUUACCAUAGAGGGAGAAACUUAUAUCUUUAAGAAUGAAAUAGUAGCAGGGCAGAUCGAUCUGACUUUGCCUUUUAAACCCCUGAAUGGUUGGUGUUGGAAAGAUGAUAUUUUAGCUACUUUAUGCCAACCUCAUUACUGCAUGCUGUGUUUAACUCCUUUUCAAGCGUUGACAUCUGAAGAUUUCCCUACUGUAGCCUAGUUUAAUUUAGCAUAGCCUUCCAUAGCAUAGCCCAGGCCCCAGGUCAUGGUUUAAAUUAGCCUUGGUGAGCUUCACCUAGUUUAGCAUAGCCUUGCCUAGCUGAACCCAAACCCCAACCCACAGUUUAGGUUAGCCUUGGUUAGCUUUAUUCAUCUUACCAUAGCCUUGCCUAGCAUAACCCAGGCCCCGCUCAUAGUUUAAGUUAGCCUUGGUUAGCUUUUACUAGGUUAGCUUGUCUUAACCUAUUUUUGCUGCUUGUCUGGGUUUAUGAUCCUCUGUGGGUGUCCAUGUGCAUCUACAAGAGGAACUGUAGUGAUGCAGUUUUAGCAUAACAGAUGGGCAAUAGCCAGGUGUGGCUAUCUUAGUUGUGCUUUGCCCUUCCCUUUGACCUUUGAGACUUGAUUGACAGGAGCUGUUACUGCCACUGCGCUACCUGCCCACACACACACACACACACACACACAAAUGUUAAAGUGUAGCAUUGAGAGCCUUCUGUUAAUGACUGUUAAUUUACAAUGUUUAAAGAAUCAUAACUACUGCAAUCAUUCCCAUAUUAUUAUUAUUAUUAUUAUUAUUAUUAUUAUUAUUAGGCAAGUUUCUAGAAAUGCAAUAAUGAACAUUUUCAGACUGCAUUGUAUGUGCACUUCUGCACAGACCAAAUGUCAUAUGAAUCCCCUUGCAUCCACACACUCACACACACACAUACACACACACACACACACUUACAUGCAUUCACAUACACAUUGCCCUUGAAAGGGUCCCAACACUAGUACCUCAGCAGUAACGUAGUGACCACUCUUAACAGCCAAAAGGACAUGAGUGAGGAAUAGUCUUUAUUAGCCUUUGACAUGAAUGAGGAAUAGUCUUUAUUAGCCUUUGACUUGAGGAGGAAUAGUCUUUAUUAGCCAUUGACAUGAGGAGGAAUAGUCUUUAUCAGCCUUUGAUGCCUGGGGGCUGGGUUCUCUGUGGAUGACCCAGGCUGGAUCAGUCAAGUUCAGAUCAAGAUGCUGUUGUUGUUUUUUCAUGCACUGGUUUGAAUAUCUGAGAAGGAGUUCUUUGGGCCUUAUUGAUUAGAGUCUUGUUGAUGGGCACUGGUUUGAGUUCUUUGGGCUCAUAGCAGCCUUGUUGUUGUUUGUCUUCUGUCUGGACUGUAAAUAGAUUAGCGCUCUCAACAUAACCCUGUCAGAUCAUCUUGUUUUGACUGAAUAAUAUCAACAUGUAGUUUUUCACACAUAAACUUGAUACAGUACGUAGACAUAACUUAAUGCAGUCAAAGCGUCACGAUGACCUGCCUGGUUUAUGUUGAGUAUGCUAACGUGUUCCUGCAGUGUAGAGUUGUGCAGGUGAUGGAUGGAUUGGUGGAGUUGUACUCCGGAUCAUGGGCUGACCUAGUUCUGAGAAAGGGUUAGGCUUAGUUGCUCUCUUGCAACAUCAGUAGGGAAGAUGGUUCUGUUGGGACCAGCAGAAGAAAAGGUGGUUCCAUUGGUUCUGUUGGGCCUAGCAGUAGAGAAGGUGGUUCUGUUGGUUCUGGUGGUUCUAGCAGGAGGGAAGGUGGUUCUGUUGGGCCUAGCGGUUGGAAAGGCGGUUCCGUUGGUGGAUUAUGGCUGCUCUGUGUUGUAAGGCAGGUCAUGAGGUUUACCUCUGAUGAUUUGCGGAGCGAUGCACGUUUCCUUGUGAGCCCUAGCUCACUGUCACUGCAAUGCCAUAUUGAGACAACUUGCACACACUACACACUUCACACACACACUUCAGCACCCCACCAAUUAGUUUAGAAUGUACAUAGAGAUAUGAAGGGAGAAUCUAACAUAUUUUAGUUAGCCAUUCUCUCUUUUUUUCCAAGGAGAAAUAUAACUUGCUGUGUGUCCUACGAUCUGCCCACAGCCAGGGGGCAGUGUAGAGCCGCACGUUUGACAUGCACACACUGACGCUGAUUUAGGCUGUCGCUAUGGAAACCUACCCCUGUGAGAUUAACGCUGACGACUUGCUCAGUCACUGACCUGUUUCCACGGAGGUCCCUGCAGCACGGUGACCUCUCAACUCUGACCCCCGACCUCUGACCCGGUCGCACACUCCUCUCGUGGGCGCCUCUGCAUGAUGUGCGCUGGACUUUUCCAAACACGGUCUGGGGAUGUUUUGGGGGUUUCUUCUUUUGGUUUGUUUUCAUUCUUUCAUUAAGAUUUUAAAAAGGGAAAGAAAUAAUAAUAAAGGAAUCAAAGUAUUCAAUCACUUUUCUACUCCUAUUUUCAAAAAAAAAGUGAAAUUGAAAAAAAAAUGUAAAGACAAAGUUGAAUUUGUAAAUACGUUCUGUACAGGUUGGGUCUGUACGCGUAAGUCUGUCCUUGGUGGCAGAGUCUGUCUUGCUUAUAACGCACGCUACCAAUAAAUAAAAAAGGAAAAAACUCUUAUUUAGGCUGUAUGGUCCUUGAAAGCAAGUUUUAAACUUAAUCUAUGAUGUAUAUUCCUGUAACAUUGCAUUUUUAUCUGAGGAAUGAUGUUAUUAAAAAAUAUUGCAAAUAAAUUGAAUUUCCUAGA